GUACAAACGUUGAUUUUAUUUUAUCUCGUAGGAACAUGGCCGGAAACGACUAGUUAAUCCUUCCAGUGGGUUUGGCCAAUGAAAAGCGAGCAGCAGCGCGUCUCCAGUCGGACUCCGCGCAGCUUUGGGAUCCAGAACCAUGUCCACGUCCGGCGGCAACAGCGCGCGUGUCACCGAGGCCAGGCGGGUGGCUAUUUUCGGGGGCACGCACGGGAACGAAAUGUCAGGCGUGACGCUCGUGAACCUGUGGAUGAAGAACGGCGCCGAGAUCCAGAGGAAACGGGUCGAGACCAAGCCGUUCAUCACCAACCCGAAGGCCGUGGAGAAGUGCAGCAGAUACGUGGACACGGACCUGAACCGAGCCUUCACCCCGGAGAACCUCAGUGCCCCGGGAGGAGAUGACCUGCCCUAUGAGGUGCAGCGGGCCCAGGAGAUCAACAGGAUAUUCGGGCCCAAAGGGAGCCCGGAGGCCUACGACGUGGUGUUUGACCUCCACAACACCACGUCCAACAUGGGCUGCACUCUGAUCCUGGAGAGCUCCACAGACCACUUCAACCUGCAGAUGAUGAACUACAUCAAGAAAGCCAUCGCCCCAGCCAGCUGCCUCGUUCUGCUGAACGAACAUCCCCUUUUGAAAUAUUCCACUUCGCGCUCUGUCGCCAAGCACCCCGUCGGUCUGGAAGUGGGGCCUCAGCCUCAGGGCGUUCUGAGGAGCAACGUCUUCGAGGCCAUGAGGGUGCUCCUGAAACACGCGCUGGACUUCAUCGAGCUGUUUAACGAAGGCAUGGAGUUCCCUCCCUGUAUGGUGGAAGUGUUCCGGGUCCUCGAGAGGGUUGACUACCCCAGAGAUGCCAACGGAAACAUCAUCGCCAUGGUGCACCCCAAUCUGCAGGACUGUGACUGGGAGCCGCUGAACCCCGGUGACCCCAUGUUCCAGACGUUUGAUGGGAAGACCAUCCGCUACCAAGGCUCGGGCACCGUCUACCCCACAUUCAUCAACGAGGCCGCCUAUUACGAAAAACAACAGGCGUUUGUCACCACCGGGCGAGAAGCCUUGGUGGCGAGCGCCAUCGGAAAAGUAUGAAAACGGGCGGGCGAGCCCAAAGGAGAACCAAGAGCGCUGGUCGGCGAUCUGCGUGUAGAUUCUGCGCCCUGUUCGCACAUGACAGAGCUUCCCCCUCACGUAAUGACUAAACCGUCUUUUACAUCGGUUGAGCUUGCCAAGCGUUUACUAUACAAUAAUUAACUAUGCAAAGAACGUGUGUGAGGCUGUGAACAAAUGUCUUUAGAUCUGAAGAAGUAUAUUGCUGUGUUAAGUAUUUAUGAAACUUAUUUUAAAAUAUAUAUAUAUAUAUUUACAUUAAAUCAACAAAGUUUUUUUAUUUUUUAUAUAUUAUUAAGGGCCAGGCCUGAUCAUUGGUGAUGUAUGAAUCAUUAACCAUCUCUCUUUAAAUUUCCUAUUUCUGCUCAGGAUCAUAACCGGAAACCUUUGACCCAAAACUGUAGUUGUUCUCCCUCUUUUAUAUAUUUGUAAUGUCUUUGGGAGGGUGUUUGUGGCCUUUGAUACUACCUACCUGUAACUCCAGCGGUUACAUCUGUGGUGCUGUCCUAUCGUUGCCUUAAUAGAUAUUUUAGACACACACAAAACAAAGAAUUGCACAACAACUUUGGAGUGGAGUUUGUAGAUUAUACGUGCUGGAUAACGAUAUAAGUUUGAUAUGAAAUGGGGUAUGUUCUGUUCCCCUAAACAAUUGAGAUGCAGUUUGAAACGUGUAUUUAUAACAAUAUACCUGUGUCUAUUUUGAUAUACUUGUUUGAAUCAAAAGUGAAAUAUAGUACUUGAGUAAUGGAAAUCAUAUGUCCGUUUUAAUAUAGCCGACGUAUUUGUCAUGUCAAAGUUCAUCGCUGUGGUCUUUUAACGAGCAACAUAUUUUUGUGUGCCACCAAUUCAUCUGAUGAGUAACAUCUGCUGUCCUUAAGUCCUGUGUAAGAAGACCCAAUCAAUAAAUGUAGUGCUAUUCUG